GUUUCCCAAAGACUUUUUGUUUGACAAGGAGGAGUUGGUAUCGUUGUGGAUGGCAGAAGGGUUUUUGAACCCAUCCAAGUCACCAGAACGCUUGGGCCGUGAAUAUUUUGAAAUUUUAUUAUCAAGGUCAUUUUUCCAACAUGCACCUAAUGAUGAAUCAUUGUUUAUCAUGCAUGAUCUGAUGAAUGACUUGGCCACUUUUGUUGCCGGAGAAUUUUUUCUAAGGUUUGACAAUCAUAUGAAGACAAAGACAGAAGCUUUGGCAAAGUAUCGGCAUAUGUCAUUUACUCGCGAGGAGUAUGCUGGUUACCAAAAGUUUGAGGCAUUCAAAGGAGCCAAAAGCUUGAGAACAUUUUUAGCAGUAUCUCUCAAUGUGGGUUGGGGCUAUUAUCACUUAUCCUCUAAGAUUUUGGAUGACUUACUUCCAGAGUUAACAUUGUUAAGGGUCCUUUCUCUAAGUCAUUUUAAAAUAAGUGAGGUACCGGAUUCCAUUGGUAGUUUGAAGCACUUGCGGUAUCUUAAUUUAUCUAGAACUAAUAUAAAAGAGUUACCGGAGAAUGUUGGCAACCUUUAUAAUUUACAAACAUUGAUUGUUUCUAGUUGUUGGAACUUAACUCAGUUGCCUAAAAGCUUCUUAAAUCUUAGAAGGUUACGGCAUUUUGACAUAAGAGAUACUCGGUUGGAGAAGCUGCCAUUGGGGAUUGGUGAAUUGGAGAGCCUUCAGACUCUCACGAAGAUCAUCAUUGAAGGAGAUGAUGGCUUUGCAAUAAAUGAGCUCAAGGGAUUAACAAAUCUCCAUGGGGAAGUUUCCAUUGAGGGAUUGCACAAAGUGCAAAGCGCAAAGCAUGCACGGGAGGCGAACUUAUCUCUAAAAAAGAUUACUGGAUUAGAGCUGCAAUGGGUUGAUGUGUUUGAUGGCUCACGAAUGGAUACACUUGAAGAGGAAGUUCUAAAUGAGCUGAAACCUAAUAGUGAUACGUUGAAAACGCUUUCAGUCGUGUCAUACGGGGGAACACAAAUUUCAAAUUGGGUUGGUGAUCGCUCUUUUCAUGAGUUGGUUAAUGUGUCAAUACGUGGUUGUAAAAAAAGCACAUCUCUACCCCCAUUCGGGUUGCUCCCUUCACUUAAGAGGUUGCAGAUUAAAGGCAUGGAUGAGGUUAAAAUCAUAGGUUUGGAGUUAACCGGAAAUGAUGUUAACGCCUUCCGUUCACUUGAAGUUCUAAGAUUUGAAGCUAUGUCUGGAUGGCAGGGGUGGUCAACUAUAAAUGAUGGUUCAGCAGCAGUGUUUCCAUGCCUUAAAGAGCUUUCUAUAAUCAAUUGUCCCCAAUUGAUUAAUGUCUCACUUCAAGCACUGCCUUCACUCAAGGUUCUUGAAAUUCACAGAUGUGGUGAUGGUGUGUUGAGAAGUCUGGUUCAGGUAGCUUCUUCAGUCACUAAGUUGGAAAUAAAUUCUAUCUCAGGGCUCACAUAUGAGGUGUGGAGAGGAGUUAUAAGGUAUCUUAAGGAAGUUGAAGGAUUAAGUAUCGUUGGAUGUAAUGAAAUAAAAUAUUUGUGGGAAUCAGAAACAGAGGCAAGUAAGCUUCUUGUGAGAUUAAAGGAAUUGAGAUUAUUUUAUUGUUCAGGUUUGGUAAGUUUAGAAGAGAAAGAGGAGGAUGACAAUUUUGGGAGCAGCACCCUGUUAUCUCUUAGAAGUUUGAAGGUAUACUCUUGUAGUAGCAUAAAGCGUUUAUGCUGUCCAAAUAGCAUUGAGAGUUUGGAAAUUAUUGGUUGUUCAGUUAUUACAGAUGUCUACCUCCCAAAAGAAGGAGGGAAUAAGCUCAAAUCACUUUGUAUAGACAAUUGUGAUAAACUUGAGGGAAAAAUCAACAACACAAGCAUGCCAAUGCUUGAAACCCUAGAGAUUUGUAGAUGGGAAAAUCUAAGAUCAAUCAGUGAAUUGAGUAACUCCACUCACCUCACCAGGCUGCGUGUAUCAUUUUGUCCACAUAUCACGUCACUUCCAGAGCUUCAGCUAUCAAACCUCACCCGUUUGUCAAUUUAUGAAUGUGAAAGUCUGGAGUCAUUACCUGAGCUAUCAAACCUCACCAGUUUGUUAAUUGCUGAUUGUGAACGUCUGGUGUCAUUACCUGAGCUAAAGAAUCUCGCCUUGUUAAAAGAGCUGGAAAUCAGAAGGUGUCCAGGCAUUGAUGUUUCCAUUCAUUGUGUGCAUUGGCCUCCCAAAUUGUGCUCACUUACACUAGAAGGGUUGAAGAAGCCCAUAACAGAGUGGGGGGAUCUGAAUUUUCCAGCUUCCCUUGUUGAACUGAAGUUAUAUAAUGAACCUGAUGUGAGGAAUUUUAGUCAAUUGUCCCACUGUUUCCCUUCUUCUCUUAUAUCUCUGUACAUAAAAGAAUUUGAUAAUCUGGAAUCACUUUCAACGGGACUCCAACACCUCACAUCCCUUCAACAUCUGGCCAUUAACACAUGUCCAAAGGUGAACGAUCUACCAGAGACGCUGUUACCUUCACUUUUGAGUUUGAAUUUAGGUAAAUGCCCAAAAUUGAAAGAAAGGUGUGAAGGAAGAGGCUCCCACUACUGGCCACUCAUCUCUCAUGUCCCCUGCAUCGACAUACGAGACUAUUAAAGUCGUUGAAAACAUACUUCCUGCCGUGAAUACCCAAUCACCAGAGGAAAAACGACAUCAUACACCUUCACUUUUGAGUUUGAUCAUUGAAGAAUGCCCAAAAUUGAAAGAAAGGUGUGAAGGAAGAGGCUCCCAUUACUGGCCCCGAAUCUCUCAUAUCCCCCAAAUCCAAAUAGACUUCAGUUAAAGAAAGAAGAAAAUCUAUCAAGCUUCUUGAGUUUUUUUAACAUUCUUGUUACAUUACUGAGAUUCAAGAUAAGGUUGCAACAGAAAUUGAAAAAACAACAAAAAUGAGAAACAAUGUCACAAAUGUUGUAGAAUUUUCAAGCGGCGUGAGUGAAGAAAGCCUAGAAAAGAUGCAGAAUCUUCAUGCAGAUUUCAACAGAACUAUCAUGCAGUUCCAGUGGAUGAACCUUUUCGGUGGAAACAAUACCAUCAGACGCCAGAUUUAGAUGCUUUGCGGGGUGAUGAUGUAUCUAUUGGUUAUGAUGUGAAGAAAGGAGAUUACCAUACCUUAUCAGCCAUAUGCAAUAGGCAGGGUCAAGUUUGAUGCAUUCGAACCAGAAAAAUGGUUUCAUCACAUUGUUGCUUUCAUCCACAAAGCUUCUUUAAGUUUACAGCUUUGCAGAAACACAAGAGGGACAAAGAAUUUGUUUGGCUCAAGAAUUUGCGUACGUGCAGAUGAAGAUCUUUGCUUCUAUUUAAGUUGAUCCAUGAUCUAGCAUACUCGUAUUUUGUGCAAUUAGACACACGGAAGUGGAUUGGAAAAUGGUUCAUGCUAAAAAAGGAUUAACUUUCAGUAUGUUUGAAGUUAUAUGGGGGAUAAGUAUUGGACAUAAACGUCUCAACGAGCCACACGCAUGGACAAAUGCCAUAGGCGGGUUUUCCCAAAUCUCGGCACCCAAUUUCGUCAUCUAGAGCUCCAAUUUUGAAGCCAAGGCUGUUAAUUUCAAGGAACCCUUGGAGCGGUUACAAGUUGCGUCUGAUGGCACUUGGCGUUCAUGAGCUAAGUUACACACCUCUGAUUGGAACUUACAACCAAUAAAGAAUUAAUGGAACUUGCCUUUGAUGUCAACUUACCAUCUAAUGAAGAUUAAAAGAACUUACCACUGAAGCAAGUUACCUCUAGUGAAGAUUGAUGAAGUCUCGCUAAUGAAGAAGAGAUACCACGUAUUAAUUAGCCUAUCAUUUGAUGAAGACAAUCUGUUGAGAGGAUGUUAUACGUAAUUGUCACUUGUCAAUUCCGUACAUCUCAACAAGAUAACAAAAACAUGAGUCUGCAUUGAAUUUAUUAUCACUUGACCCCAUAGCUUAUCGUGUCAAGCAGUUGAGUAUGAAUUUGGUGCUUGAACUUAUGUGUGCAAACUUCAGAGGGAAUUUGCAAGCCACCCAACCUAACAUAUCUAGGAAAUCGUCUGUAAAAUUUGUGACUAGUUUUACAUGAUGUAUUGAAACAUUUGAUUUUGAUUAAUACCUUGCGCUCAAAAGAAUUGUUCUUCUA